GCUGCACAUUGCGGCGGAUCACAUGUUUGAGGAGAAGGACGUCGUGGAGUCCGUUCAGGUUAAGGAGCCGCCUGAGGAUGUUUCCAAGGUGUUACGUGCGGCAAACUACAACCUUGCAUCCAUCCCCAUGUUGACCACGAAGCACUCGGCUGAGCUAGGUCAAGGGCCCACUUGCGUGUUAAUUAUCAAUGCGCUGGUGUGCGCUGGAAUGGAGCUGGUGCUUGUUCAAGAAAGACGCGACCCUUUGGUCACUCGGCUGAUCGGGCGUGGCUUACGGCUUUUCGUGCUUUGGCGGACCUUACUGACGACGCUUAUCUGGACGCCAAAUACCUUCUUCAAGGUCUUCGUUCUCAUGCUGCCGUCAGUUGAUUCCAUGCAGGUGGUUCAGGUCAAGGAACGGCUCACACGACGGGUUCGCGAACAGCUCAAGGAGGUUGUGGCCUUUUACCAGAGCGUCCGCUUGCACGAAGCGUUGCUCUGCAAGCUUGGGGAGUUCGCGACCCCCAAAAGGGCGGAGGCAGACACGGUGGCAAAGCAGCUCGUGAAAGUCGGAGCCAGCACCGGUGACGAACGGGAACAAGCCGCCAGAAGGCGCACGGAGAUGAAGCCGCUCAUGCGGCACUGCUUUGAGAGUCACGCUCACACGUCCACUUCUUACCGUCUGAUGGGCCUCUUCCGGCGGGGGAAUCCACAGCCGCGCUCCGGUGCAAAUCUUAUCGCCCGAGCAGCCAUGAUGCACGGCAGCGUCAUGGCUGUCCACAGUUUGUUGCCUGCGCUGGUAGCCGCUGUGGACGCAAGCUUGACCGAGAUCGCCAUCCGUGCAGGGCGAGCCGGCAAAUUCACAUUGAGAAUUCGUUUCACUUAG